AUGGACGCCGCGCCGAUCAAUAACACAUUCUGGAUGCGUGUUUCGACGCUGCUGCUCGUACGUAUUGCCGAUCGUAAGUGGUACCGACGGUGGCAAAAGGGCCACUGGGGCGUCAUUUGCAUCUCGUCCAAGCUGUGUGUGCGAUGCUGUGAGCGCACCAUCCUCAACGAAGCGCGCGCCUUGCAGCUUGUGCGCGAGAACACCUCCAUCCCCGUUCCCAAGGUGUACUGCAGCUUCGAGCAUCGCGGCCUGGUCUACAUCUUGAUGGAGCGAUUGCCAGGCCAGCCCUUGUCGCGCGACUGGGUCUACCACUCCGACGCAUCCAAGGCGGCCAUCCUGCGGCAGGUGAAGGCCAUGGUGGCCGAACUGCGCAGAGUGCAGCGGUCGAAUGCUGGUGGUGCCGAAACAGACACCAGUGUUGUCAGCGGCAUCGACGGCGGCCGCUUUUACGACGGCAACCUGCCCAACAAGCGGUACUGGGGCCCGUAUGCGACGACCGUCGAUUUUCAUCGCGCACUGCGCAGUGGCCACGUCGAGGUGCCGCCCGACGCACCCGACUGGGACGCCGAGACGAAGGAGCGCUUUGCCGCCCUGCGCACGCUUCUCGCGCUCCACGAGAACUACAAAGAACCCCAGCCGCCGGUGCUCACCCACGGCGACCUCAGCGCCAACAACAUCCUGGCCGACGGCGACACGGUCACAGGCAUCAUCGACUGGGAGACGGCUGCAUGGAUGCCGGCGUACUGGGAGUACACCAACGCGUGGCACGUCAAUCCCCACAACCCGUACUGGCAGGAGGAGGUGGGCCGGUUUCUGGAGCCGUGGCCACAGGAGCUGGAGAUGGAAAAGCUGCGCCGUCGAUUUUUUGACCAGUUUUAA